AUGCACCAAGCUCAAACAAAACUUUUCAGGAAGUUUUCCCAAAACCAUUCUCCUCCUCCACCUAGACGCUCUUCUGCUCUCCACGAUGCCAUUGACAAGCUCUCCAUCGUUGCUCGUGUCACCAAUGCAAUCACGAUUCAAAAAGGACUCAACGACAAGUCAAUGAAAAUGGCAAAUCUUCUGGAUGAGCUUCUGAAUAUUCCACCAGGUGACGGGUUCUCUAACCUUCAGACACUUGAUCUGAAAAAGGCAAAAGAGGGAUACAUUGGUAUUGCAAAGGAUGCGGGGGCGUUGACGAAAAGUUCACUGGAUGGUGCAAAGAAUGCUCAGAGAUUGAAGCAUUUGGGAGAUAUGGGGAAGAAUGUGGAGAUGCUGAAAAAGGCAGAAGCUGCUGAUUUGACAGAUGCUAUUGGGAAAGUGACGGGAUCAUUUGAUAUAUCGACAAGUCUAAUUACAACUUCUCUGAAACCUGUUUCGGAGCACUUGAAUUUACUGCUCAAAAACAAGUGGACACCAGACACAGAUCAACGUGCAAAGGAAUGUAUUAAUAGUCUUAAAAGUUCUCUCGGUUCGUUGGGUAGCACUCUGAGAGAGGCGUCAAAAUAUGAAGAUAGCUUGAAGCUGUUGUGGUCUGUUAUAAACAUCUCACAGAGUUUUGACGUUGUUGAGCGUCUAGGGGUUGUGGCUAAGACUUAUCACAAUCAAUUCAAUGAGAUCAGACAGCUUUCAAAAGAUUUCAAAAAUACGAAAGAAGAGUUUACCAAACUAGACUCGUUUUUCAAGCAGUUCUCAUUGCUGCGUUUGCUGAAAGAUUCUAUUUCGAAAAGUUUAAAGAUCCGCUCGACAACGCCUUCAAAUUCUACAAAACCUCGACUUUUGACGUCUGGCUUUUUGAACGGGUUAGGUAAUGUUCAAGCAGUGAAGAAGGAUCUAAACAACGAAUGGUUUUUAAAGAAAAUUGCUAGAAACGAUAAAAGUUCGUUGAUUGUGCUGAAACAGUAUUUGCGUUUUUUUGAGACGGUUAGUUCUAAAUCAGUUGAAAUGGAAACUGUUUUCACGCCACUUCGAACUAUCUCUGCCAAGCCAAUUGAAACAUCGGAAACUUUACUCAAUUCAGCUGUUGAAGUAUACGUAAACCCAACCCAACUGCAAACAUUUCAAAAAUCAAUUUUGGAAGUUGGAGAAUGCAUCGAUAAGUUAGGACAAAUGACAGCUAAUGUCAACUUCGAAACGUUCCAAAAAACCAUUCAAAAUUUGAAAUCAUUUGACACUUCUGCAAGUAAAACGCGAUCUUUGUUAAAGAAAAUUGUAGAACUGAACGUCCUCGGAGAUAGAUCUGUUUUUGACCAGCUCCGAACAGAUAUUAAUAAUAUUAAUACGAGUUUACCCAUAGGGGAAUAUUUCAGUAACAUUAUAACUAUGAGGGCAAAUAAAAACUAUCUGAAGAUUGUGGAAGGCGUUGCAACAGUAUAUGAGUACUUUGAAGAAAUAGGCCAACUUCAUAUUGACAUUGUGAUCACUAAUCUGAAUACAAGCCUUCCAAUAAUCACUCAAAUGCAACCAGUUUUGAAAGGCACUAACUUGGUAGACACUCUCGAAUGCUUGAAAAAUAAGAAUUUCAAUAGCAGUCUAGCUUCCGAUGUAUUAAAGUUUGGUUCCAACAUCCGUGCAUUUGGAGUUCAUGCAAAGAAUGAUAAAGCAACAAUUUCAUUUCUGGAUCUAAUAUCGAAACUUCAAAAUCUGUACUUUUCUGUAAAGAAAUCAUUAGAUGGUAAACGAACACGACGAGCUACCGGUUCAAUUGAUCCAACGAAACUUCCUAAUCUUUUGGCAUCGCAAGAUCUCGGGAAAGGAUUGCAACUUCUCCGCCAACUCAGUGAAGUGAACAAUAAGAAGAAAAUAGUUACGGAUGUCACAAAGUUUUCCGAUUCCGUGUUUGCAGAAGUUCAGAAAAUUCUAAAAACAGUCGACACCUCAACACUAAAACCUGAGCUGAAAAAGAUGUUGCUGGAUUUGACGAAUUUGGAGAGUUUUGCAAGCAAUCAUACUGGUCAAGGUCUUCGAGAAUUGGGAGCCAUAUUUGAGAAGGCUAGUGAAGUGUCUGGAGUUACUGUCAAUUCGUCAUUGUUGGAAGACCCAGUUGCCAAAACUUUGAGCACUAGCGCCGUGAAUGAUAUCAAAAAAGCUGCUCCAUCCUUCAAGACUCUCGGAUCCCUGGAGUUGAACUAUGCUAACCAUCGCUCGACUUUCAAAGGUGCCUCGUUGUGUAUCGUGAAAAUCGAUGAGUUCUUCUCUGAUUUUUUUGCGGCUGGUGGAAAUGUUGAAAGCAGUAGCGGUACUCUGUAUGUUGGUGUCGUUGGAGGUAUUGCCCUGUUGAUUGGAGCUGGCGUCGGAGGAUUCCUCUUGUGGAAACAUUUAGACAUGCUGAAAUUGCUCAAAAACCCGGUCAACUACCGUCAUUCGGCAUUUACCAUACCCGAGGGAGAAAUGAGAUAUGAUGAGAUAUCGGAAACAAACAGGCACUUGAGUAUUCACAGUGCAAUUUCGGAUCGGAACUUUGAAAGGUUCAAGAAUUGUGUGGAUAACUCAGCUGAUGUGAACGCCUACAGUUGCCAUUCCAAUUACUAUUCAACGCCUCUCCAUAUGGCAGUCACAAGAAACUUGGUACAAUUUGUUGCAUAUCUUCUUAAAAAUGGUGCAGACCCGUCGAAAAUGGAUAGCAACUAUCAACUGCCAGCAAAACUAGCCGAAAAAACCGAGAAGAAAGAAGAGUUGCUGGCGAUGUUUAACAAGUACAGCAGAGGCAAAAAAACUCAUCGGAAACUUCCAAAGUUUGGCCCAUCUGAUUACAAGGUCUGGAUUCACUAUAAUGAUAUGAUGGCCGAAGCGGGCGAAGCGGAUACAGAUGUGAAAGAAGCGUUUGUCAAGAUGUUCCCGAAGAAUAUGGUUACUGAUGCUAGGGAAGCCACUCACAUCAUCUUGCCAACGGAUGAAAAAGGUGUUUUGUCGUUUGAUGUUCGAGGUGAUAAGGAAAUGUUUCCGUAUAUCUUCAGAGAAACUGUUCUCAUGAAGAAUAGUUGGAUGACCGCCUGUCUCAAGGAUAAGAAGAAUUUCGCGGACGACUACAAGUUCCAGGUGGAAGGUGUUGAGAUGAAAUCGGAGACUUUUAAUACGGUUCGCCUGAUUCACCAACACGCUCAACAGUACCAAAUCCCUUAUCUGGCUGGAGUCACCAUGUAUUACCAUCAGUUCCCGGAAACACCUGAUACAACGUUUGAAAAUCUCGUACGUGAUCUUGGAGCCGAUGUUCGUCAGGAUUUGAGAUAUUUGGACAGACAAAAUACGGUUACUGCUUCCCCAUACUAUCGCGACGACAUUGGUCCAGUGUUCAUUAUCACUAAGUCGAAGGACGAGCUUGUGAAAGAGUAUGCAUUUGUGAAGAAUAACAACUGCUACACCAUCUUUACCUAUUACGAGUUCCUCCAAUUCCUGCUUGCAUUUAAGAUCACUCAUUGGAAGUUGACUGGAAAAAAGGAGCCGAAUUGUAUUGAGAAGUGGGAUGAGCUGAAGCAAUCGAAAUGA